UGACAACUUGCAAAAUAGAGCUUUCGAGUUAAGGCUUUUCUCUCCUUGGCCGUCUUCUCACUCGCGCUUUCGAGUUAAGGUAUUUGUAACUUAGUAUUGAAUUUGAUUCUCUUUUGGGUACUUUUUAUGCUCUUUGUUGCUAGCAGAUUCUGCUAAAAAAAAUGAAUUUCUUGAACUCAGCAGCAUCCAUAUGCAGAAGAGUUAGUUUGAGGGAACUAAUCACAGAGGUCCCUGCUUACAAUGGCAGUGGCAUCUCCGAUGGUUCAUCAAGUGGGUUGAGUUUGGUGUUUAAGCGUUGGGCUACUAAGAAAACCGCUGGUUCCACCAAGAACGGUCGUGACUCUAAACCCAAGAAUCUCGGCGUCAAGAAGUUCGGAGGAGAGAAUGUGAUACCGGGAAACAUAAUAGUCCGACAACGUGGAACUCGGUUUCAUCCUGGAGACUAUGUUGGCAUCGGGAAGGACCAUACUCUGUUUGCAUUGAAGGAAGGACGAGUCAGGUUCGAGAAAAACAAGAUCACUGGUCGCAAAUGGAUCCACGUUGAUCCUAAGGGAGGUCAUGUUCUUCACCCUAUCUACACAAAAGCUGCUUCGACUAAGAUGGAAUUGGAGACAGCUUCUUCGUCGUCGUGAAAAAGACAUUGAUUCAACAAUCUAAAUGUGCCUUUCUUUUGUUAGAUAAUACUAUCUCUUGACAAAAAAGACGAUGGUAUAACAAUACUCAAUUCAAUAACAUAUGCUGUUUACGCCAA